AUCACGGAGAACAAGUUUUGUUGUGACGUAAUUAUUUUUAUCCUAUUAGACAUGGUAUGACGCUAGGCUGAAGUGGAACCCAAAGUAUUACGGUGAUAUCGAGACAUUCAGCGUUCCUGGCAAGGAUAUUUGGAUCCCAGCAUUCACUCUCAAGAGGAAUGCUAACCCCCUCCACCAAGGCCUACCAAAGGACGUACCGGUGCGUGUGAGCAGCACCGGCCUGGUACAGUGGAGAGUGGAGACCCUGACCACCACCGUGUGUGAUGCUGACCCCUUCCUCUUCCCCGCAGAUACCAUGGAAUGCGAAGUCUGUUUUUCUGCAUCCACGGCAAUCGAGCAAACAAUACAAUGCUACGAGGAAAGCUCCGCAUUAGAUGUACAAGUGCGCCAUCCUUGUGGAUCUUACUCCCCUUCAAAAGCGGAGGGAGAAUGGUACCGCAGGGAUAUGACCUCCGCAAAACAUCAGAAGGAGGCGUGCUUCUCUCUUCAACUGUCAAGGAUCCCCACAUUCCACAUCGCCACCACUGUUGGACCCUGCAUCAUCCUGAUUGUGCUGAUGACCAUCACCUUCAUCAUGCCCAUAGGAGAAGGAGACCGGAUCUCCUUCGGAGUGACCAUUCAAUUGUCUAUGGUCGUCUCUCUUGUGUUUGUUACAGACGUUAUUCCUGUCAAGGGAGCUCUACCAUUUUUCGCCACGCUGAUCAUCGUGUGCAUGGGCCUGAUGGGACUGUUCCUCUUCCUCACCAUGGCCGUCAUCUUCAUUCACGGCAAAGAGGGAAGCCUGUCUCCCACGGCGAGGGUUAUUUUCCUCCGCUACACAGCAAGGAUAUUACUUCUGGGAGAUCUCAUGGAGGACAAGCAAGCCAGCGCCGGUACCGCGGGCGGUGACGAUCCCCUGACCAACCACGCUGCCGUAGAGCUGACCAUCGCCUUCGACGACAAUGGCAUGGCGGCUAAGGAUGGAGGAAGCGCCCCUGAAAUGUGGAUGCGGGGUGGUGGAAGAUCCAGGAUAAUUGGACGGGCGUUUCAGCCUCCUACAGGGCGUAGGUCCACUGGAUCCUCGGGAGAGAAUGAGCUGACCAGGACAGUGAGGAAAGGAAACGAGGACCUGAUAAAGGCCGUGAAGAUCGGGACGGAGAAGAUGGGCGAAAGGUUCACCGAGUUGAAGAACGAGAUGAAGGAGCUGACCAAGGCAGUAAAGAACGAGGAGGUGGUGUCCGACUACACCUUGCUGGCGAAGGUUCUGGACAGGCUGUGCCUGAUCCUGUACGUCAUCAGCAUCGUGGCAGCCAUUCCUUUGACCAGGUAUUUGAGCAGGUAAACAGUAUGAUGUAGCUCCAAAAGUACACUCAUGUGGUAAAUGUAUAAGUCGAACUAUUUGCAAUUUUCAUCAAGCAGCAGACCUGUUCUUUUAGCAUAGUUAUUUUAAUACUAUCAAUUCAAUAAGAUUAAGAUUUUUCAGCCCUCUUGUGGGAUAAGCUGACGUUGAUGAAAUAUGUGUCAAGUAUUGAUC